AUGGAUAGUCUUCUUUCGGCCUUAUUUUCUUCUCCGGAGGAAGAGCUGUACGUCUUGGACUGCAUGGCUUACUUCAUGAUUUUAAUGGCAGUUUGCACAUUUGUUUCUUUGCUUUUUAACGACGUGCCGUAUGGACGGUACGCUUCGAGUACAUACGGAUUCCCGGUGAACGCCAAGCUGGCCUGGUUUGUCCAGGAGCUGCCCGCUUUCCUGCUGCCCGUCUGUUUGCUAAUGUGGGCAUCAUCAGCGAGGAGCUCGCAUCUUGCGAAUCAGCUGCUCAUUGCAAUGUUUUUGUGCCACUAUACACAAAGAUCACUUAUUUAUCCAUUUUUAAUCCGAGGAGGUAAACCGACACCAUUCCUGCCCUUUUUCCUGGCUCUUGUUUUCUGCAUGUACAAUGGCUUCAUGCAGAUCAGAUAUCUGAGCCACUAUGCAGAGUACCCUGCAGACUGGGUGAUGCAUCCAUGCUUCAUUGCAGGUUGUGCGUUGUGGUUGUUUGGCUGGCUGACGAAUUUGCACUCUGACCACAUCCUCAGGAAUCUGAGGAGGCCUGGAGAGAGCGGAUAUAAGAUCCCCAGAGGUGGCAUGUUUGAGUACGUUUCUGGAGCCAACUUCUUCGGGGAGAUAACUGAGUGGGCGGGCUUUGCUCUGGCGGGCCAAUCUGUUCACAGCACAGCUUUUGCCAUCUUCACCGUCGUGGUCCUUAGCAGCAGGGCUUUUGCGCACCACAAAUGGUACCUUGGUAAAUUCGAAGACUACCCGAAAGACAGGAAGGCAUUGAUCCCUUUUUUGAUUUAG